UUUGGUACUUAUGUAUAAAAACCCUUAAACCCUUUCUUCAUAACUUCUCUUUCUCGCAGCGUCUCUGUUUGUUGCUUCCAUCGUUUUUGCGCCUCUCUCAUUCUCCCUGUACCUUUCAAAUGGAAGCACCAAUGGAGUUUUGGGGUGUUGAGGUUAAGGUUGGACAAACUGUUAAAGUAGAACCAUCUGAACCAUUCCCUGGAUACAUUCACAUUUCUCAGGCUGCACUUGGGGAAGCAACUAAAAAAGACAAAGCAGCUGAACCUGUGAUUCUCUACUUGAAAGUUGAGGAUAAGAAGUAUGUUUUGGGAACUCUUAACAGGGAUGACAUCCCUCAUCUGUCUAUGGAUUUAGUCCUAGAUGAUAAGUCUGAGCUUUCCCACAACUCAAAGGGUGCUAGUGUCUACUUUUGUGGCUACAAAGUUCUAACUGAUGAUGGCGAUGCUUCUGACUUCUCUGAAAGUGAUGAAGAGGAAGAGGAAUUGAUGGAGCAAGAGAAUGGCAAACCUGAAACAAAAACUGAAGAUGCUAAGGUUGCUAAAACGGCAAAACCUGCAGCCGCUGCUGGUCCAUCAGCAAAACAAGUAAAGAUUGUUGAUCCCAAGAAAGAUGAGGAAGAGGCUGAUUUGGAUGUAUCAUCGCCUGAUGUGUCUGGUUAUGAAGAUGAUCUUAUAAGUGCUGAUGAGGAUAGUGAUGAUGAGAGUGAUGAUGAAAGUGAUGAUGAGGAAGAGACCCCUACCCCUGCUAAGAAGGUGGAUCAGGGAAAAAAGAGACCCAAUGAAUCUGCUUCAAAAACUCCAGUUUCUGGCAAGAAAGCCAAAAAUGCUACUCCAGAAAAGCCUGAUGGUAAGAAAAAUGUGCAUACUGCAACUCCUCACCCUAAGAAGCAGGAUGGGAAAACUCCCAACAGUUUUGGAAAGAAUAAGAGUCCCAAUUCUGGCGGAAAGUUCUCUAACAAAAGUGGUGGUAGCAAGCCUUUCAACUCCAACAAGGGUGGUCGUCAAAAGAAGUAAAACAUGGUGGUCAAUGAUAUUGCAUUUGUUACCGUAUUAAUGUGGUAGUUUUCCCUUGUAUUACUGCAAGUAUGCUAAGAAAGUUUGAUAUUUUACCCAUGCUUUUAGGCUAUAGUAAAAUUUUGAGGUAAACGCAUAAUUUGGGAAUUUUUUUGACACUUCUGAGUCCCUAAUUUGUCAUGCGUUAAGGAUUAAGAUCUUGCUCUUAAACUAUUCAACGAGUGAUUUGAAAAUUUGCUA